CCAGGAUCAUAACAGCUUGAUUUUAUUUUGAAACAUCACAUGCUCAUGUGGCGAUAUAUUGACUUGGAUGAAAUUGCAUCUUUGCAGGUCAUCAGAUGUGUCAAGCAUUCUUUCUGAAGUCGUGAGAGCGAGCGAGGAAGUUGCCCGACAAAAGGCUGUGUCUGUGCACUAUCGUCACCUCCCGCAUGAUGGCAUAAAUCUGAUGGCUGCUGUUGAACCGUCUCCUCUACGCCAAGCACUCUGCAAUUUAAUUGACAAUGGGCUCCAGAGUGCGCCAUCUGGGGGAGGAUGGAUAACGGUAGAGGCGCGAGCUGCGCCAGCUGGAGGUGUGCUUGUUGUCGUCACAGAUAAUGGCCCGGGAUUACCCCUUAUUACACAGGCAUAUACAGUGGGAAGACUGUCUGGUCACUCAAAGUCGAUGUCAACAUCGGGGUUUGCAGCUGCAUCGACAGAUAAGCUUAGAACUCACCUAACCACAGAUGAGGGCACGACAAGACCACUGCCAGCCAUCGGGUUGGCCAUUGCCAAAGAUUUAGUGGAGGGUAUGGGAGGGGUUCUGAGAGUGGACUCACCUUUUCUUCAAGGGACAGCUCCAGCAGAAAUGAAUGGGACAAAAGUGGAACUCUGGCUACCAGCUGUGCUGCACAAUGGCCCAAUUACUCUUGCCAGAACGGCAUGUGUGGAAGUGGAUGCGACGCCAGAUGUAGGUGAUAGUGUGGAAGAAAUGUAAAAAGCAGAAAGACUUCCCAGCCAACCAAAUGGAGAUUU